CAAGAGUGAGAGGAAAGUGUGCACUUGACCAUGGCGAUCAUCCUCUUGCUCUUCUUCAUCCUUAACGGAGUUGAUGGCACUCACAUUGUGGGGGGCAGAGAUGCUCCUCCGCACUCACGACCCUACAUGGCCUCGCUGCAAGUUCAAGGUCAGCACAUCUGCGGGGGUUUGCUGAUCAGAGAAGACUUUGUUCUCACUGCAGCACACUGCAGGCUACGCCGGGCAUACACAGUGGUUCUAGGAGUAGACUCGCUACAGGCUGAUGAGCCAACCAAACAGGUGUUUACUGCCGCCAGGGAUAUCCCGCAUCCUGACUACGACGGGCAUGCAAACGACAUCAUGCUGUUGAAGCUUAAUGCCAGUGCCCAACUGACAGAGGAGGUGCAGCUGAUUGUUCCCAAAAGAGACCGACUGGGAAGAAGAGGCUCUUGCAUCACAGCCGGCUGGGGGGACAUUGGUGACAACAGGACCUUGGCCAGCACUCUGCAAGAAGUCAACGUCACCCUGCUAUCUCAGCGUACAUGUCGCAGGCGAUGGAGGGGGGUUCCAAUCGCCAGGACGAUGGUGUGCGGCACAGGGUCGCGAGUCGUUCAGGGCUUUUGUUCGGGUGAUUCGGGUGGCCCGCUGGUCUGUGAUGGCGAGGCAGCAGGUGUGGUUUCGUUCUCUGGGCGACGAUGCGGCAACCCCAGGACCCCUGACGUCUACACACGCAUAUCGUCCUUCUCAGACUGGAUUUCCAGUGUGCUGAACAGCAAUUCAACAAAUGAGUCCUCAUAUGAUUGAAGAUGAUGCAAGAGAAUUUGUUGGUGCUGAGGUUGUGUAAAAGAAUGCCAAUCAAUUAUAUUGACUGUGUGUUGUCUGCUUGUUUUUGCUUAAUUUGGGGUGAUUUUGCUUUGGUAGGGUUUAUUAGGCGUGCUUGCUUUUGGGUCAGACUAAGUAUUUUCUUGUUGGGUUGACAUUUUUCAAGGUUCACUGAGCUAUAAAAAUGCAUUUUUGUGUCACCACCCAGGAGAUUUACAGAAAACAUGAGCGAGUUUGAACCACUAAUUAAAGGAACAUUA